AUGAUGAACGGUGGUAGAGCGCGAGUACCCAAAUGCGCGCGUUGCCGGAACCAUGGGCUCAUAUCUAGUCUUCGUGGACACAAAAAAGCAUGUGCAUAUCGACACUGCCAGUGCCCAAAAUGUGGUCUAAUUAAGGAAAGACAGCGAAUAAUGGCAGCGCAGGUGGCUUUAAAAAGGCAGCAGGCAGCUGAAGACAAAAUAGCGUUACAUUUAGCAUCUGUUGAAAGCGGAACACCUUUGGAAUCAUUGCCACCAGGGCGAAUCUACGGGAUGCGAGUAACAGGACCUUGCCCGAGUCCUGGACCUGAACCCGAUUCAGCACUAGAGGAUCAAACUCCUAUUCAUAUCGACAGCGAGACGAGUGACUCCAUGCCCGAUUGUUGCAGCGCAUCGCCUGAUUCUGCUGGCAAUGCCGCCUUAGCCUCAAGGACAUGUGAUGGAAACGAAGAAAUGACAGAUGGUGAAAGCGCAGUAAGCACGGCAGGUCUGGAAAUGUUAAGAAAACUCUUCCCUGGAAAAAAACGCUCCGUACUGGAGUUAGUUCUCCGUCGCUGUAAUCAUGACCUGCUUCGAGCUGUUGAGCAUUGUAACGCUAUUCAUGGACAACAUGAAAAGUCGUUGUCAACAAGUGGAAGCUCUUCUAGUGCAAGUUUCGAAGCCUCUGUAUCGAGUACGGAAGAAAUAGAGUCAAGAUGGUCCGCUUUUAGACCAGUGGGUCCAAGAGCGCCGCUCUUACCAGCACUCGUCAUGGGACGAGUCUGUGGUUCGGAAUGGCUGGUGCCGCUUCCGGCGUUACCGGCUUUGUCCACACCAUUGCUACUGCCGUUUCAACAUCCACAUGGUCCGCCAGUUCCUUGUGAUCCAUGCUCUCCAGAUUGCAGACAAUGUAAUAACCGCCACUAA